GCGUUGUCUCUCUCUCUCUCUCUCUCUCUCUCUCUCUCUCUCGAAACCUCUCCCAAAAUCUCUCUCGACGAAAGGCGAUUUGGUUCUUCUUCGGUGGCUCUUGUCGGCGCCGUCUCGGCGACGUCUCGUUCGGUGGCUCCCGUCGGCGAACUCUCUCUCGCUGGUUCUCCUCGAGGCGUCGGAGCUCUCUCUUGGUUCCUCUCCUCAAAUCGAAAGUUUUUUGGUUUUCUUUCUCGGUGGGUCUUUUCCUCCAAGAUUUCACUCGGCGGCUCAUCUCAAAUCGAAAGAUAGCAGGAUCAAGGUUCAUCGACCAAAGGUUCAGAGCACAAUUAAGGGGAACAAGUGACACACAUACAGAAAUGGAGGCAAGAAAACCAAUUAUUUGUGGCCUCUCAGCAAGAGGCAUCAUACCACCUCUCCCACGAGAAGAAACAGACGAUGAUGUUGAGGAUAUCCCACCAACUGAAGCAGAAGUGGUGGAGAUAUCAGAUGAAGAAGAAGACGAUAUCGUGGAGUUAUCAAACGAUGAAUACAGGAGAAGUAUGGGUUACUUGAUUAGGGUGGAGGAAGAAGAAGAUGACAUUGCACCUGAGUUCAGCAGGAUGGUGCAAAUGAUGCAUGAGGAAGAGAAAAGGCUGUCAGAGGAGAGGUUCAAGGCGUUGAAGGCUGGAAUCAAGCUAGAAGAAGGACAAUCCUCUACGGGUGAUGGUAAGAGGAAGAGAAGAGGCUGAGUCCGUGACUGUCUUUCUCUCACAUGGAUCAGCUUUGUUGUAUUGAGUCUGUGACCGUGUCUGCAUUGUCUUUAUCUUUGUGUCUGCAUUGUCUUUGUUUCACAUGUCUCUGCAUUGUCUUUCUUUUUGCAUUGUCUUUGUGUCACAUGUCUUUGUUUCUUAUGUCACAUGGACUUGUAAGGACUUUUCUAUUUUGUCUUUGCUCUCAUUGUAGUUCCCGUGACUGUCUUUGUAUUAAAAUCGAUUUCAAGUAGUAUAAAGCCUUCAAGCAUCUCUCACUCUCUCGUUCACAUAUCACAACAAACCAACCAACGAAGUUUGUUCUCUCUUUCUCUCUAAUUACCAAACGAAGCAACCAAGCUUUGUUACCAAACCAAAUCACAUUCCCUCUUCCCGUAUCAACACUUAUAUUCCCAAACCAAAUCACAAAUCAACUCUUAUAUUCCCUAUUCCCGUAUUCUUAC